AUGCCAGCAAUUGCUCCUCCAGAGAGGCCUGAGCUGGAUGAGCUGGCAGCGGCCGAAGUUGUGGCACUGGCACUAACAGCCAGUGCUGUUGUUGCGCUAGUAGUAGUCGUUGUUGAUGAAGAUGAGGUUGAAAGUGUGCUGCUGCCUGAUGUUAUUGUUGAAGAUGUUGCUGAUACGGAGGAUGCAUCGGCGGUCGCUGGCGCGGUUGCAAUAGUGCCUGUUACAGUGGUUGUUGCUAACAAAGCACAUGUGCCAUCAGCUGCGCAAUAG